AUGGUGUUGGCCAACCUGGAGCUCCUGCGAGCAGCCCGUGCACUGGCAGUUCCCUAUCAGCAAAACCCCUACACCCCUGCGAGCAGCUCCACCGUCAUCCAGUGCUACCGCUGCGGGGACACCUGCAAGGGAGAGGUGGUGCGCGUCCAGAGCAAUCACUUCCACAUCCGCUGCUUCACCUGCCAAGUGUGUGGCUGUGACCUGGCCCAGUCGGGCUUCUUCUUUAAGAACCAGGAGUACAUCUGCACCCACGACUACCAGCAGCUUUACGGGACCCGCUGCGACAGCUGCGGGGACUUCAUCACCGGAGAGGUCAUCUCUGCCCUGGGGAGGACCUACCACCCCAAGUGCUUUGUCUGCAGCACCUGCAGGAAGCCAUUCCCCAUCGGAGACAAGGUCACCUUCAGCGGGAAGGACUGUGUUUGCCAAAACUGCUCCCACUCUCUCAUCAGCACCAAACCCAUCAAGAUCCACGGGCCCAGCCGUCAUCGCUGGUUUCGGAAACUCCCUUGGCCUGUUUGUGACCUGGGCGGGCGCCGCCACCCCGGCAGGGAUGGCGUCCCGUACUGUGAAUCCGACUACCAUGCCCAGUUCGGCAUCAAGUGUGAGACCUGUGACCGGUACAUCAGCGGCAGGGUCCUGGAGGCAGGAGGGAAGCACUACCACCCCACCUGUGCCAGAUGUGUCCGCUGCCACCAGAUGUUCACGGAAGGAGAGGAGAUGUACCUGACAGGCUCCGAAGUGUGGCACCCCAUCUGCAAGCAGGCAGCCAGAGCAGAGAAGAAGCUAAAGCACAGAAGGACGUCAGAAACCUCCAUCUCGCCCCCUGGUUCCAGCAUCGGCUCCCCGAACCGCGUCAUCUGCGCUAAAGUGGAUAAUGAGAUCCUUAAUUACAAAGACCUGGCAGCUCUUCCCAAGAUUAAAGCCAUCUAUGAAGUGCAGCGUCCUGACCUCAUUUCCUACGAGCCCUAUCACAGAUAUACAUCGGAUGAGACGCUGGAGAGAUAUAGCUAUGGGGAGUCCCUGGGGACCCUCUCCCCGUACUCGCAGGACAUCUAUGAGAGCUUUGACACCCGGCAGAGGCGAGCCUCCAGCCCUGGCUACAUCGACUCCCCCACCUACAGCCGCCAGGGCAUGUCCCCCACCAUCCCGAGGUCCCCCCAUCAUUUCUACCGCUCAGGCACCGAGAGCGGGCGCAGCUCCCCCUACUAUAGCCAGUUAGAUGUGAGGUCCUCUACUCCAACCUCAUACCAAGCACCCAAGCAUUUCCACAUCCCAGCUGCCGGCGAGAGUAACAUCUACCGGAAACCCCCCAUCUAUAAGCGACACGACAACCCCUCUGCAGCCACGAAAAGCAAAACCAGCGAAGACAUCGCACAGUCAUCCAAGUACAGCCCUGCCUACUCCCCGGACCCAUACUACCACUCCGAGUCGGAGUACUGGUCCUUCCAAGGCUCCCCCAAAGCCCCCCGGGCCCGGAGGUUCUCAUCAGGAGGUGAAGAGGAUGGGUACGACCGGGGCAUGCACAAGAUCCAGAGCGGCAUCGGCAGGCUGAUCCUGAGGGAGGAGAUGAAGGCUCGGUCCAACUCCUAUGCAGACCCCUGGACGCCCCCGCGCAGCUCGGCCAGCAGCAGAGAGGCCCUGCACAUGGCUGGCUACGAGGGCUCCCUCAACGGCUCUCCCCGGACGCACUACCUGGCCGACAGCGAUCCCCUCAUUUCGAAGUCGGCCUCCCUCCCUGCCUACAGGAGGAACGGGCUGCACAGGCCUCCCAGUGCCGAGCUUUUCCACUACGACAGCACGAACGCCGUCAACUGGGGGAUGCGAGAGUACAAGAUAUACCCCUACGAGCUGCUCCUGGUGAAGACGAGGGGGAGGAACCAGCUGCCCAAAGAUGUGGACAGGACUCGGUUAGAGCGCCAUCUCUCCCAGGAGGAGUUCUACCAGAUCUUCGGUAUGACCAUCGCCGAGUUCGACCGCCUGGCCCUGUGGAAGAGGAACGAGCUGAAGAAGCAGGCCCGGCUGUUUUAAAUGCAGUGCACUAUAAAUAUAUACAUACCUAUAAAUAUAUACAUAGAAAGA